AUGGCUCCCGUCAGUGAAAACCAAGUCUGCAAGCCGGAGCACUGUUUCCAGGCGUUCGACGCCUUAUAUUGCGCUCUAACUGAUGAUGAGCCGAUUGAGCCUACGUUCGCGGACGACAAGUAUCCAUUAUUCGUGACCUGGAACACAGUACGCAACGGGCGCUCGCCCCGCCUACGCGGAUGUAUCGGUAGCUUCGAGCCUCAUCGACUACGCGAGGGGGUGGCCGAGUACGCGCUCAUCAGUGCUUUCAACGACACCCGCUUCAACAAGAUCACCGCGGACGAGCUUCCCACUCUACAAUGCGGCAUCUCCCUCCUGACGAAUUUCGAGGACGCGGACGGGUAUCUGGAUUGGGACGUCGGCGUACACGGCAUUCACAUCUCGUUCCCCAAUCCGCACACACUCCCGUCCGCCACAGCGUCUGAGGGACCGAGCCCGCUCAGUUCGGCUUCGAACCUCAUUCGCAACCGUGGUGGUAACCGUCCGUACAGCGCGACGUAUCUUCCCGAGGUUGCAGAGGAGCAAGGUUGGGAUCGGCGGACGGCCGUCGACAGUGCGAUCCGGAAGGCUGGAUGGAGCGGAAGGAUCGGCGAAGAGCUCAGGCGCGCUGUCAAGCUUAGACGCUACCAGAGUAGCAAGUGUGCGGUGAGCUGGGCGGAGUAUGUUCAGUGGCGCAGGGAGAAGGGCGGGGAAGUUCACGAGGAACUCGCGUAG